ACGUGUGCUGCUUGUGCAGCUGACCAAUGCGAUCACAUUUAUUGUGUCCGUGAGCUGAGUGCAGUUGUAUGGCGAUAGUGGCGCAUCUAGCAGCUCGGUGCAUUUGGUCGGAUGAGAUAGCCUUGGUUGUAUGCAAGAUUGAGUGUUUGUUGGGCGUGCAGUUGGUCCGAGGGUUGUAGGUGCGAGUUUACAGUCACAGUGGUGUUAAGUCGCAGUAUUGUGCGCCAGUCGUUAAUGUACUCUCAUAUGGUGUACGCUGUUUCAUAAAAUUUUCGCUGAUAACCAAGGUUUAAGGCGACGAAAAUAGUUGGUAGUGUUUCGUGUUGACCGAGCUGUGAAUUGAGAAACUUGCCAUUCCUAAAGGACAACUAACAAAGCAUUUUGAAAGUUUUCAAAAUAACAUUUAGGGCACUUUAAAGUGCCUUUCUGCCCUCAUCGCCCAACAUCACAGAGCCAAGAUGGGCAAUGAGGCAUCACUUCCAAUGGAGAUGUGUUCUAAUUUCGACCCGGACGAGAUCCGGCGCCUGGGCAAGCGGUUCCGGAAGCUGGACCUGGACAACUCGGGCGCGCUCAGCGUCGACGAGUUCAUGUCGCUGCCGGAGCUGCAGCAGAACCCGCUGGUGCAACGCGUCAUCGACAUCUUCGACGAGGACGGCAACGGCGAGGUCGACUUCAAAGAGUUCAUCUCGGGCGUGUCGCAGUUCUCGGUGAAAGGCGACAAGGACUCGAAACUGCGUUUCGCCUUCCGCAUCUACGACAUGGACAACGACGGCUUCAUCUCAAAUGGCGAGCUGUUCCAGGUGCUGAAGAUGAUGGUGGGUAGCAACCUGAAGGACACGCAGCUGCAGCAGAUCGUGGACAAGACGAUCCUCUUUGCCGACAAGGACGAGGACGGCAAGAUCGGCUUCGAGGAGUUUUGCGUGAUCGUGGGAAACACGGACGUGCACAAGAAGAUGGUGGUGGACGUGUAAGCUCGCGGCGGCGCCGAGCGGCCCAGCGGAGCUUCGCACCGCCAUCUGUGUGAUACACGAGUAACUACAACAUCCGCUAGUCAGCCGCCGCGCGGCGCUCCCCCGGUCGGCGCUGGAUCUCGGGCCGGCCCGCCCGCCU